AUAUUUUCCCUCUCUUUUCUCGGUUCUUCUAGGGUUUUUCAUUUCUGAUCCACCCCAUCAUUUCCAAUCCUCAGCUUCCAUCCAAGACGAAUCCAGAAAUGGCCGCCGUAACUGCAGCCCCCCCGCGCUCUUCCAAGACGGAGUCCUAUGUGGACAACAAGCGCAAAGAAGACAUCCGCCAAGCCAACAUCAAAGCAGCCCGAUCCGUGGCUGAAGCCGUCCGAACCAGCUUAGGACCCAAAGGUAUGGACAAAAUGAUCUCAUCCGCCAACGGCGAAGUCAUCAUUACCAACGACGGUGCCACCAUCUUAAACAAGAUGGAAGUCCUGCAACCCGCCGCUAAAAUGCUCGUCGAACUCUCCAAAUCUCAGGAUGCCGCCGCCGGUGACGGUACCACCACAGUCGUCGUCAUCGCUGGCGCCCUCCUUAAGCAAUGUCUCACACUUCUCUCCCAUGGUAUUCACCCCACUGUUAUAUCCGAUUCUCUCCACAAGGCUUCGACAAAAGCGGUCGAUGUUCUAACUGCCAUGGCCGUUCCCCUCGAGCUCUCCGACCGCGAAUCGUUAAUCAAAUCCGCUAGUACUUCGUUGAACAGUAAGGUUGUUAGCCAAUACUCAACUCUUCUGGCUCCGCUUGCCGUUGAUUCUGUUCUCUCAGUCGUUGAUCCAGCAAAGCCGGAUAUGGUUGAUUUAAGAGACAUCAAGAUUGUGAAAAAGCUUGGGGGAACAGUGGACGAUACGCAGUUGGUGAAAGGGUUGGUUUUCGAUAAGAAAGCGAGCCAUGCAGCUGGAGGGCCGACCAGAAUGGAAAACGCCAAAAUUGCGGUAAUUCAGUUUCAGAUUUCCCCUCCUAAGACUGAUAUUGAACAGAGUAUUGUAGUUUCUGAUUAUACUCAAAUGGAUAGGAUAUUGAAAGAGGAAAGGAAUUAUAUUUUGGGUAUGAUUAAGAAGAUUAAGGCCACUGGCUGUAAUGUUUUGCUGAUUCAAAAGAGUAUUUUGAGGGAUGCAGUCACAGAUUUGUCGUUGCAUUAUUUGGCUAAAGCAAAGAUUAUGGUUAUUAAGGAUGUUGAGAGGGAUGAUAUUGAGUUUAUUACCAAGACUUUGAACUGCUUGCCUAUUGCUAAUAUUGAGCAUUUUCGAGCUGAGAAGUUGGGGCAUGCGGAUCUUGUUGAGGAGGUUUCGCUUGGGGAUGCAAAGAUUGUUAAGGUUACUGGGAUUAAAGAUAUGGGAAGAACAACUACUGUUUUGGUUAGGGGUUCGAAUCAGUUGGUACUUGACGAGGCUGAGAGAAGUUUGCAUGAUGCUUUAUGUGUGGUUAGGUGUUUAGUGAGUAAGAGGUUUUUGAUUGCAGGUGGUGGUGCUCCGGAGAUCGAGUUGUCGAGGCAGCUUGGUGCUUGGUCUAAAGUGUUGCAUGGGAUGGAGGGGUAUUGUGUGAGGUCUUUUGCUGAGGCACUUGAAGUCAUUCCUUACACAUUGGCUGAGAAUGCUGGGUUGAACCCUAUUGCUAUCGUGACUGAACUGAGGAAUCGCCAUGCUCAAGGGGAGAUCAAUGCCGGGAUCAAUGUAAGGAAGGGACAGAUCACUAACAUCUUGGAGGAGAAUGUUGUGCAACCACUGCUUGUAAGCACAAGUGCGAUUACACUGGCAACAGAGUGUGUGAGGAUGAUUUUGAAGAUUGAUGAUAUCGUGAAUGUCAGGUAGUUUUCUGCAUCAGAUGAUGAAAUGUGUUUGAGUGAUCCGAUUUAAUGCUCUUUUUUCUCCUAGUAUGACUAUGUUUCAAGUUUCUUUGUUGGCUAUCUACCACCAAAUGUUUGUUUAUUUCAGGCAGUUUUCUGCAUUGGACUAUAAAAUGUGUUCUUUGUAUUAUCGGAUUUAGUGCUUUUGUUUCCUUAUAGUACCGACUAUGUUUUAAAUUUCGGAGUUGGCUAUAUACUACCACGAAUUUGCUUGUUUU